CCAAUACUUAUAACAUUAAACCCUUUUCUUCUCAGAUCCAAAAAUAAAGCUCUUUUCAAUUUCAUCCAAAACUAUGGUUCCAAAAACACUUCUUAUUACUAUUCUCUUUCUGGGUUUGUCUUCUCAUAUUCUCUUCUCUGAUGCAAUUCCAGUGACUCGGAGUUUCUCUUUAAAUAAAUUCACAUCUUUGGCUGAGCACAAAGUACCACUGAAACAGAAUUGGUUGGAUUUGAGGAAUGGAGAGGAAGUGUUUGGUUUGGAGGAAAAUGAAGGAAAAUAUUUAAUACAAGGUAGGAUGGAUUUGGAAACUACCCUUGACUAUCCAGGAACCGGAGCCAACAAAAACCAUGAUCCGAAACCACCUGGAGCUGCUUAAAUAAUUUAUUGUCGUUUUUGUUGUUUUCUGUCGUUUUUUCCAUAUUUAGUUCUACUGGUGGGUUGGUAUACCAUUGUAUAAAAUAAUAAUAACAAUAAUAUAUGUUUUAUUUUUAGCUAAA